UGUUCUGCCUUUCCUCUUGUUUCGUUCGAGGCUUUUACCAACCACCUCCACUAUGGCUCUCGCAUUGGAUAAGGUUUCUGUGGUGCGCCAAUAUCUAUACAGCAAGCAGCACCUACCCUCAGUACGGAUAGCUGUUCUUGGAUGUGAAGGGGUUGGAAAACGGAGUUUAUUGCAACGAUUCUGCUAUGGCAGUCUUAUUGAGCAGACCCGGACCUCCAUGAUGGAGCUUGAAUGGCACAAGCAUGUUGCUGUCCAAGGAAGAGAUGUUCACAUCCAAUUCGAUCUCAUGAACGAUGGUUCACUUCAGCAGGCACAGUCCAAUCUCUUGGAAUACAUUCAAAACAACGAGGCAUUCAUGCUAGUGUACGACGUCACGGACCAGGAAUCAUUCGACGUCCUUCGUCAGAUUUGCCAGCUGUAUUCUGAAAUUCCUCACCAGCGACCAUGGCACGCGGUACCAUUCUUCAUCGUGGCCGCGAAGAUCGAUCGAUGGCGCGGCGGCUGGGCAGUGCCAUAUCGUGUAGGCGACGAAUUCGCCAAUAGUGUCGGUGCCACUUUUCUCCCCAUGUCUGCGCUCAAUGGCGAAGGCACUGGGGAUGCGGUCAUGGUCGACGUCGUGAGCAGAGUGUUGUUGAGCCGAUUUCAGAACGACGGAGAUCCAGAGCCACGAUCGUUCCCAAAGAUUCAAAUACCUGCGUCUAAGGAAUUACCGUCUCCUCCAAAGUAAGCUCCCACACUACGACCAUCGAUUUGGCAGCGCACAGGCAUUCUCCGUCUCUUGCAUCGGUCGGGCAG